GGGCAGCCCAUGGGUGUCCGAGGCGCCCAGGAUGCGGGCGCCGGUCAGGGAGCUCUUCCGGGACGCCGACUUCCCCGCCUCGGACUCCUCGCUGUUCUCCAGCUUCUCCACGCCACUGGCCCAGUUCCGCGAAGACAUCACAUGGAGGCGGCCCCAGGAAAUCUGUGCCGUGCCCCGGCUGUUCGCAGAUAACCCACAGGAGGGACAGGUGAAGCAAGGGCUGCUGGGAGACUGCUGGUUCCUGUGUGCCUGUGCCGCCCUGCAGAAGAGCCGGCACCUCCUGGACCAGGUCUUUCCUCCAGGACAGCCGAGCUGGCAUGACCACACGUACCGCGGCUCCUUCACCUGUCGAGUUUGGCAGUUUGGACGCUGGGUGGAGGUGACCAUAGAUGACCGUCUGCCUUGUCUUGCAGGGAGACUCUGCUUCUCCCGGUGUCAGAGAGAGGAUGUGUUCUGGCUUCCCUUACUGGAGAAGGUCUAUGCCAAGGUCUAUGGGUCCUAUGAGCACCUGUGGGCAGGGCAGGUGGCGGAUGCCCUGGUGGACCUCACCGGGGGCCUGGCAGAAAGGUGGAGCCUGAAGGACUUGGCAAGAACCAGUGGCCAACAGGACAGGCCCGGUGGCUCGGAGCACAGGACUUGCCGACAGCUGCUCAGCCUCAAGGACCGGUGUCUGAUAAGCUGCUCGGUGCUCAGCCCCAGAGCAGGUGCCAGGGAGCUGGGGGAGUUCCAUGCCUUCAUUGUGUCGGAUCUGCGAGAGCUCCAGGGGCGGGCUGGCCAGAGCAUCCUGCUGCUGUGCAUUCAGAAUCCCUGGGGCCGGCGUUGCUGGCAGGGGCCCUGGAGAGAGGGGGGCGAAGGGUGGAGCCAGGUGGACCCAGCCGAUGAGUCUGAGUUGCUGUCCCAGCUGCAGGAAGGAGAGUUCUGGGUGGAGGAGGAAGAGUUCCUCCAGGAGUUUGAUGAGGUCACCGUUGGCUUCCCGAUCACGGAGGCUGGCCACCUGCAGAGCCUCUACUCAGGAAGGGUGCUGUGCCACACUCAGGAGCUGCCUGGGGCCUGGGUCAAGGGGCAGUCGGCAGGAGGCUGUCGGAACAACAGCGGCUUUCCCAGCAACCCCAAGUUCUGGCUGCGGGUCUCAGAACCGAGUGAGGUGUUUGCCGCUGUCCUGCAGAGACCCAGGGUGUGCACCGCGGGCCAGGCAGGCCGGGCUCGGGCUCCGGUGGGGGACAGGCUUGCCGCAAGGAGCCCGGCCAGCUUCCUGGGUGAGGACUACCAGGCUGUGGGCCUGCAUAUCUGGAAGGUGGAGAAGCGGCGGGUCAGCCUGCCCAGGGUCCUGUCCACGCCCCCCGUGGCCGGCACCGUGUGCCACGCCUAUGACCGGGAGGUCCACCUCCGCUGCGAACUCACACCAGGGUACUACCUGGCCGUGCCCAGCACCUUCCUGAAGGACAUGCCGGCGCAGUUUCUGCUGCGGGUCUUCUCUAGCGGGAGAGUCUCCCUCAGUGCCAUCAAGCCGGCGGCUGGGAGCCCUGCCCCUGGGGAGGCCCUGCCCGCGGGCGAGUGGGAGACCGUGCAGCUGCGGGGCUCCUGGAGAACCGGCCAGACAGCAGGGGGCAGUAGGAACUUUGCCUCCUACCCGAGCAACCCCUGCUUCCCCCUGUCGGUCCCUGAGGGCCCAGGCCCCCGCUGCGUCCGUGUCACCCUGCGUCAACACUGCCAGGACACCCAGUGCCACCCCAUCGGCUUCCACGUCUUCCAGGUUCCAGUGGCCGGGGGGAGCCAGGCUGCGCCCAGCCUGCUGCUCCAGGAGCCUGUGCUGAGCUGCGUGCCGCAUCGCUACGCCCAGGAAGUAAGCCGGCUCUGCCACCUGUCGGCGGGGACCUACCGGAUCGUGCCCUCCACCUACCUGCCGGACACAGAGGGGGCCUUCACGGUGACCAUCGCCACCAGGAUAGACAGGCGCUCCAUUCACAGCCAGGAGAGGCUGGGGCAGCUCCUUCAGGAGGCCUCCUUCAUGGCAGUUAGGAAAACCUAA